AUGAACGAUGAGCAAGACGACGAAAACAGACCGCUAAUGGCCACCCACGACCACGACCACGACGCCAGCGGGCGCGGGCGCCCCGACUACGACAACGACAACGACGACGCAACCAACAAGAACCUCGCGACAUCCACCACCGCCACGCGCGAGGACGGCUCGUCCAGCGUCACAUCCGCUCUCUACCACACCACCGACGACCCGGACACACCUCCCCCACGCUUCAUCCAGGACCAGCAGCAGCAGAGCGGCAACGAUGCCUCAUCGCAGCGCAACCACGGCCGCAAGUGGCCGAAAUGGGUGCCGUUUCCCAUCGAGCGCACCGGCCGCGCCAUUGCGCGCUGGACGCGCGGGCCGCCCAACGCCCAGCCGUACCGCAUCCGUCCCCUCCUCCCCUCGGUGCAGGAAUUCCCGCUGCGCCUCAUGGACCGCCUGCUGCCCGGCCGCCGGCGCCGCGCCUGGCUGCUCUUCCUCUACCUGGCGAUCUGGAUCGUGGCCUUUGCGCUCAUCAAGCGCCAGGAGACGCUGGCCGGCGAGAUUGCGGGCUGGGGCCGCCCGAAGCCCAUCGGCUGCGGCGCCGCCUACUUUUCCCGCAGCAACCUCUGCGGGCUCGACGGCAACGACUGCCGGCCCUUCAACGGCAGCGCGCUGCCCUUUCGCUGCCCGGGCAACUGCGCGAGCUACCGCGUGCUGAACCCGCGCGCCGUCGGCGACCAGGAGGUCAUCUACCGCCCGCUGAUUGUGGGCGGGCCGACGACGGAUCUCGACCCGGAGUCGGCGACGUACCGCGGCGACUCGUACAUAUGCGGCGCGGCGGUGCACGCGGGCAUCAUCUCAAACACGGACGGCGGCUGCGGCGUCGUCAAGCUCGUGGGCCGGCAGCAGGACUUUGUGUCUACGGACCGCAACGGCAUCACCAGCGUAUCCUUUGACUCGUACUUUCCGCAGGCCUUUCAGUUCGUCAAGGUCGACUGUCACGCCACCGACGCGCGCUUCUCCAUCCUCGCGCUGUCCGUCGUCUUCACGGCCGUGCUGGGCCUGUUUACCGCCUCGCCCGCCGCCUUCUUCUUCCCCACGUUUGUCGGCGCCUUUUGGACCGUGGGCAUGGCCACCGACAUGCCGUCCUACACGACCGUCGCCGCGCUCUUCUCCAACAUUCUCGGCAAGUUUGUGCCCGCCAUGUUCACCGGCUGGGUCAUCUACGACAAGAUGGGCGUGCGCCGCACCCUCAAGGGUCUCACCGCGCAGGUCGAAAAGAUUGUGCUCUGGCUCGGCGCGUGCUGGGUCGGCGCCCUCGACAACUACACGCUCGACUUCAUCCCCAUCCAGCGCCUCAACGGGCACGACCUCGCGCAGCAGCCCGGCGCCCGCGCCGCCCUCGCCAUCAUCGUCAUCGCCCUCUUCUUCAUCAUCGUCUUCCAGGCGUGGUGCUUCCGCCAAGAGGCGCGCUUCAACAAGUACAUCAAGGUCUACGCCAUCUUCGUCGCCGGCAUCAUCCUCUCCCUCAUCCUGCCAGGCCUGAACCUGCGCAUCCACCACUACGUGCUCGCGCUGCUGCUGCUGCCGGGCACGAGCAUGCAGACGCGGCCCUCGCUGCUCUACCAGGGCCUGCUCGUCGGGCUCUUCAUCAACGGCAUCGCCCGCUGGGGCUUCGGGUCCUUCCUCGAGACCGACGGCGCGCUGCAGGGCGACGCCCAGCUCGGCACCGUGCUCCCCAGCAUCCGCGCCCCGGCCAUUGACUGGUCCAACGGCACGGCCGGCGCCCAGUCCACCAUUACCUUCAAAUGGGACCUCCCGCCCCUGGACGAGUACGACGGCAUCAGCAUCCUCGUGAAUGACGUGGAGCGCUACCGCUCGUACUUUGACGACACGCACACGCCCGCGCAAGAGUACACCUGGACGCGCAACUCGAGUCUCGGCCUGCCAGAGUACUUUCGCUUCGGCUUCAUGGUUGGGAGCAAUGCGGGUGAUUACACAAAGGCGGGCGUCUGGAGCAAGGACGGCGAGUGGAAGGACAUGGCUGCCGGGCCAUCUAAAUAA